AUAAUUAUAUGAUGAUCCACAAUCGAUUUCUGACACAUGACAUUUUCUUUGUUUGCUAGAUUGAUAGUCGCAUGGAUAGGAUGCAAGCCAGUGCCAACAGUGUCCGUUAAGAAUCAUUUAAUACAGCUAUCGAUGGCAAAUAAAUUGGCAAGUGAUAAAUUGAUGCUUAUGCCGAACUGAACGAGAUUUAUUGUGAAUUUAAUUGACAGUGAUUGAAGUGAUAGAGAUAGAUAGAUAGAGAGAGAGAGAGAGAAAGAGAAAAAAACAGAACAUUUUGGAUUUUUUCAUUGGAUAAUGUUCGAUUUUUGAAUGUAGUUUUUGUGUUUGGCAUCGAAUUUGUAAGAAAAUAAAUAAAAAAAGGAAAUGGAUCAGCCAGUUGAGUGUAAUCAAGCGGCGGUUGAAGUAAGCCAACCGGCUGACUUAUCUUUGACACGCAUCCCAAAAUGUCCAAAACCAUUUUCAAUUGAAAGUAUUAUAGCGACCAAUGAUAAUAAAACACUAGACAUUGAACGGGGUGUAUCGCCAAAUCAUGAAAAAAUCCCCAAUUCCAGUGUCUAUUUCCCGUCGAAUGUUUCAAUGGCUGCAGCAGCAUCUCUGUAUAAUCCCUGGUUUCACAACUAUUUUAUGCAACAACAGAAAGCGGCUGGAAAUGUCCUCGAAAUGAUGCAAUUGAAUCCGGCUAAUCACAGUGUGAUCAAAGAAAAAUUCACCGAAAUAUUCGCAAACAAUUCGUUAGCCGUAGAGAAUCGACACUUUUUAUCGGCAGCCGAUCACGAUCGAAAUGCACUACCGAUUGCAUCACGAUCAAUAGAACAAUAUUUCGGCAGUGUGGAUAAUAUCCACGAAAUGCGAUUCAACGAAAUGAUCUCCAAUACAAAUAAUGACUAUUAUAAACAUUUAAACUCGUAUGGCAUCAAUCGUCUCAGUCAACCCAGUGAUAAUGGGGAACAAUGUAACAGUCAAUUAAUAAAUGGUGAUGAUCACAAAAGUGAUAGAGACCGAUUCGACGGACACAUUAGUGAUUAUGAGAAAAGUGCACGGAAUGAUGACAGUGGGCCAGAUGAAAAUGUCGAUGACGAUGUGGAUAGUGAUUGCAAUAGUGAAAUUAGUUUGGAUAUGUCACCCGACGGCGACAACAAUACACAAGAUCAAUUCGAUAGUGACUGUUCGGGUGAGGAUGCUGCCAAUGGAUCUGGUUCACAUCGGACUGGGUCGAAGCAUAAUUCCAAAUCGCGACGAAGACGAACCGCAUUCACAUCGGAGCAAUUAUUAGAAUUGGAACGGGAAUUCCAUGCCAAAAAGUACCUAAGCCUUACCGAACGAAGUCAAAUUGCAACGAGUCUUAAACUGAGCGAAGUUCAAGUGAAAAUUUGGUUUCAAAAUCGUCGCGCGAAAUGGAAAAGAGUUAAAGCGGGAUUAACGUCGCAUGGGAUAAGCAGAAGUUCGGGUAAUAAUUCGGGUUCCACAAAAAUUGUCGUACCAAUACCGGUGCAUGUGAACCGAUUUGCAGUGAGAUCACAGCAUCAGCACAUGGAAAAAAUGGCAUUGUCUGGUCCAAAACCAAUCCUAGGAAAAAAUAUUGGCAGCAAUAAAUUUGAAAAAAUCGGCGGCUUCGAACGAUUCAAUAUUUUACAAAAUUCACUAAAAAAUGUGCAAACUACAUAAAAGAUAGUGUGUCUAACGAUAUCAAAUUAAAUUAUUCAAUUUGAAAACGAACCGACAAAGAAAAAAGUAAUCGAUAUCUAUUUUGUUUGUUUGGUUUUCAAUUGACCUCGUUAUAAAAAUCAUCAAUUUUCAACACCAACGUUUUCUGUUUCCUUUGUCGAUUGGCUGAACGGAUACAAAAUAGAGAAACAAUUCCUUUGGUAGUGAGCAUUAAAAAAAAUGUCCAAACUCAGAGAUACAGUCAUUGGAUGAGUGGAUAAAUGGAGUCAUAUCAAUUGUAAAUUAUUUAGAACUUAAUGGAAUUCAUCUGCCAAAUUUUGUAGAAUAAUUUUUGACCUGCUGCAAACAGUGUGCUUGUGCCAUAUCAGAGCAUUUCAAGCUGGCUAAAACGACGAAAUAAACCACCGAACCAUCAACGUUUCCGAUAUUUGUUUCUUUUUCGUGCACGAUCUCAAUAUCUCAAUAUAAGAACACCACAACACUUUGAUUUUUAGCAAUUGCAGUAAAUUCAAGUGAACCGAAAUACACAUUUAUGUGUGAAUAUACAAUACUCUUGUUUUCAAAUCAGUAUUUUUUUUCUCUCUGUGUUGAUUCAAAUGGAUUUAUAUGCUAUUUUACAUAAUUUCCCUUUAUUUUGAAAAUAUUUCAACGUUGAGUUUUCUUGUCAUGGAAUUCGCUCCAACUUGAAAUAAACGAAGAGAUGAUGAUAACAUUUUUUUUUGUCGGUUACAAAGCACCUCUUGGAACAAAUUGUUUGCAUGCGCAACAACACAAAAAUUUUAAUGUUUUCUUUCUUCUACCGUAUUUUUAGUGAAUAUAAUUUAAAUUGUCAUAAGUAAUACUGAGAGAAUAAAGCAUAAAAAUCACCACAA